GUUUCUGUGAGAGUCCUGUUCGCUGUUCGUCAUGUUCAAUCCUACUCGGCUCAAGGUGCAGCUCAAGCUUGCACACAAUAGACUAAAGAUGCUGCAAGCCAAGAAGAAUUCGCUCAACCAGCAUCAGCGAAGAGAAAUCGCUACUCUCUUGGAGAAAGGCAAAGACGAAAGUGCACGUGUACGAGUGGAGCAUAUUAUUCGCGAAGACUUGCUCAUGGAGGCCAUGGAAAUUCUGGAACUGUACUGUGAUCUAUUGCUUGCUCGUUUCGGUCUCGUGGAGCAGUAUCGAGAAUGCGAUAAAGGCAUUGCUGAAGCGGUGAACACCAUCAUCUGGGCCGCCCCAAGAACAGGCGAAGUGAAAGAACUGGGAGCAGUUAGAGAUCAGCUUGCCUUCAAGUACGGCAAAGAAUUUAUGAUGGAAGCGCUUGAAAAUACGAAUGGUGGUGUGAAUCCUCGCGUUAUUGCCAAGCUACAAGUCAGUGCCCCCGACCCCUUUUUGGUCGAACGUUAUCUUGAAGAGAUCGCAAAAGCAUACAAUAUUCCAUGGAGAUCCAAUAUUCUGGCUGCGGAUGAAGAUGAUAUCAAUACGGAUGAGGAUGAUGAUGAUGAUGGCAACGGUGGUACGAAGGAGGCUGCCACUUCUGCUCUCGAACCGCCGCUGGUAGCUGAAUCGUCGAAACCAAAAGAGGCAGAGGAACAGGAGAGCACGGAUUUACCAGCGCUGGAUUUACCUGAUAUACCCACCAACCUUCCGCCGCUGAAUAAGCUCAACAAAAAACCAGCGACUCCGUCGUCCUCCGGCUCGCCAUCCGACAGAGACGGUGGUGCCAACGAUGAUUUUGAUGCCUUGGCGAAACGCCUGGAUGCGCUGAAGCGAAGAUAAGCCAUAUCUCUCAUACACAGAGUGUUCUCUAUGGGGGCCACCUUGGUCAUAUAUGAAGUGACCUUUUAUUCGCUUUUUAUUUAUCAAUUUUUCCAAUUGUCAAUGAUGGUCAUGAGCAAUUUUUGAAAGGCAUGCUCUGGCUUGAUGAUUUGGCUAAUUGUAUUUAAAGAUUUUGCAGGUUUUUUGUUUGGCAGCAUAUUAUAAAAAACUCAUUUAGCGAAACAAGUAGCG